CAAGUAUUCUGUCUGAGCGAACUGUUCGCGUUCUCGAGUUGUAAGUGGUUUAUUUCAAAAGUAAAAACAUACUGUCAGCAUGUGUAACCACGGUUUCCUUGACUACUGAUUCUGGUUGAAGAGCCACCUGGGGGCUACGUGAAUAAAGCAAUACGUACUCCGCGUCUAUCGUUAUUUUCCAACAUGCUUAUUUCUUCUAGGCUUCUUGCCUUGCACUUGCUCCUGCGGCUCGCUUGCCGGGCGGAAGAGUCAUGGAUCCCGGCGGAAGUUGCAGAAGAGCUUCGGAUUCCGCGCAGUGGUGUAGCGAAAGUUCGUGUCCGGGAAUACGGCAAUGGCGAGGACAACUUUUGUUUCCGCAACACGCACCCAGAACAGGAGAGUCUGUACUACUACUGCUGCCAGGAAAUGUACGGCGAACGCCACAAGCACGACAAGGAAAACGCCUGCUGGGACGCAACGUACUCAUACGAGCAGUGUUGCCGCCCCGUUGUCGAGAUAGUGGAGCGCAGAGAAGCAGAGGACGAAGCUGCAACAACGUCCUCUGGAACGGUAGCGCAAGACCCGGCCGACCGAGAUGUUGAAUCGCGUCACCGGGAAGACGAACAGGCAGGGCUUUUUCCGCUGCACAAGCAGGAUGGCCGCAUCGACGACGCACUAUCAAAGCGAAAAAACCCGCCAACCCGUACCCAAAAGACAAUUUGUGUUGCUGGGUUUGUGUACGUUGAUGAGCUUUGUAGUGCAGCAAGAGCUCGUGGGCAUAUUCUAUAGCCCAUUUGGGUACGCAUCCGGCUGGCAGCUGCGCAUGAGCAACAAGUCUGACAUAGGCAAAAACGCGUGACAGACUGGCUGCACAAUGCGCCAUAUGAGUGCCGUUUGCCUUGUAUGCACGACAAAGGUGGUAUGUGGUCACAAAUCAGCAUCACAAAUUUCCUUUGCGAUACGGGGAGGGGAGAUUUUUCCUCACAAUACGCACUGCUUCUUCUUCAUCCUGUGGAGUUCGCGGACGGUCGAUCCUCUACUGGGUCCUUUUCUGCAAGUGGCGAUGAAACGCGUGGUAGCACUACAGCCGCGCCCCGAAUUCUUGAGAAACAAGAACCUGACAUUAACGACAUUUUUACAAAGCGGUGGACCGGCCAGUCGCCAGUCACUCGCUACGAAUCCACGGCGGUUCCGAACAGUCGGGCUGUGCUGGAGCCUCCUGGGCAAGAAAAAGAAGCUCUGCCUGAUAAGAACCAUCCCCGACCUGAAGGACGACUACACGGCCCAGCUCGAGGAGACCCGGCGGCGGCGGCGGAAAACGACCAGCUUUCGGAUUCCGAGUACUGCUGGGCGCCCAUCCGCAAGCUCGCAGUGCAGGCGGCUUCGUUUGACACCCACGAAGACAUGAUUGAGAACAUGCUGGACUCCUUGCAGCAGCAGAAAAUCCAUCCGGAAACGGCGGUCAACCUGCGACAGAUGUACCAUCGCCUCGGCGGUUCCCCGGACCUCCUGGACGACGUGCAGCUUAUGAAGUUUUGCUGUUAUGAUCCACCGAAGAUAUGUCUGGGUCUGGAAAAUUGCAAGAUUUCUUGUGAUGCUAGUGAGGCAUGUUAAACCUGAGCUCGGUACUUAAACUUAUUGCGUAUCGAAGCAGAGGAGCUUUGCUUGUUGUCUCUCAUGCAAAUAAAACGCAAUUUCUCAUGAAGAAGUAAGGCGCAACAUCAAGAGCGAAGAAAAAAUCUGUCAUACGUGUUGGCCGAGCAUUACAAUGUGCUUGCUCCACGUCGCUGAGUUGCAUCGCAACUUUCCGGAGGACCCCGGCAUUAUAUUUGCAAUGCAUAGCUGUGCCGCGCCACACAAUCCGAACAUCUGCUUCCACUUUGACGCUGUGACCGACAACAUGAGUGCGGACGAAAUAUCAACUCGAAAUAUGUCUGGGUCUGGAAACUCGUGUUGCUGAUACUCCCACAUCCCACCGUAGCCGUUCAGCACGACGAAAAAAUUCGCUAAUCUUGUUCAUGCAAGAACCAUUACGAAUCUUGUUGUCCUUCUCCUUCAGAUCUCGCAUCAAAAAUCCCAACCCAGACACAUUUCCAAUGCAUACGACAAAAACACCGACAAUGGUUCCCUCUUCGGCUGGAACUGGCCGCUCAAUGUGGAUGCGGUAUGGAUUACAAGCCUCGAUCUGGGUUUCCAUGUGUGCAGAUUUUAUUUGUGAUGCAUUUUUCUCUCGACCCGGUCCCGCACUCAAGCCCUAGCUGCAUCACACAGCAUCUUCCACAUUUUUCUCGUGACCUCCCCCGCAUGACGCGUCACCGUCGCCGGUGACAAGAGAUAGACAACUUUUUUUUAUUUUGCUCCCCGUGCAUACCAGAUACAGAUUUCUGCCUGCUCUGGAUGUUUGCAUCACAAGGCCGACCCAGACACAUUUAUUUGCGAUUGAUACGUGGCCAGGACCAGCAAUGCGAGCACGGCGAACAAAUUGAAGAUGGCGCUGAAGCACGCAGAUUGUAUCCCGCCCAAAACUCUCGUACUCGCAAGAAUUAUGCCAGUCACGCAUGACAAAAACAAGUUGUUUAUUCCUAGUACAACUUGAAUCUGCAUGACUAGUUCCACUUUUCUUUCUGAGUAGAAUAAAGCUUGUCAUACAAAAUAAAUUCAUGCUAGUGCAAUACCUUUUCAAUAGUGCAUAGAUGGCUGCUUCCCGCAACUGAAAAAGAUGUUGCGCACGCCGCUGAAGGACCGGCCCCAGUGGAUGCUGAAGGGCGUAGACGAGGAUCUGCGGUUUUGGAAGCGGUACUACAGCGAUGCGAGACCCAAGAACCUGCGGGACGACAGUACCGGCAAGAGUGCAGCCUCCGUCGGCGCUCAGAUAGCAGCAGACGAUGCGGCAGAAGCCGAAUUGCAGUUCUUCGACACAGAAGAUGUUCCUGCAGAGCGGAGCCCAGAUCGACAACGAGAAGGUCUGCAGAAUCCUGACGAGCAGCAGGCCGCGACAAAUCCACGUGGCGCCAGCCAAAAAGAACAUCUAGUCCACCCGCUGCAGCACUACGGUGGUCGUGACUACAGCGUCAUCGAUAUCCUGAGUGAAAACGGCUUUCCCACCCAAGCAGUCCCCAGAUGGGGACUGCUCUGCUACACCAACCAAGGAGUUUUGCGCUUUCCACACGUGGCGAUUGCUCUUUCCACAAGGGGUGAGGAUGUCCUGUAGACAAACUAACGAGAGAGUUUCUCUUACUUUCCGCAGGUGGGAGAGCCUGUGCAAGAAUUACAACCUUUUUUCGCUUCAAAGCAGCUUUCUUCCUUAGGGCGGCGGAAGCCGACGAUUUUUAGGCCGUAUAUUAAUCAAGUAGCAUCUGGGAGUAACAACACGAUGAGAUGCGAGUAUUUCUCGGACUGGUUUUCACGGGAAAAAUAUACAUUUUUUACGCGGACACAGAAAUCGCGAGUGUUUUUCCCUUUAAAUGGUCAAAAUGCCAAAAAAAUAAUGUUUUUUGCCCGAAUUAGAGUAUUUAGCACCCCGUAUUCUGGCUACCCUGUUUUCCAUUUUUCCUAGUGUUUGGAUCUCCUUCGGGAGUCAUCCGUUAAAAUUGGAACGAUACAGAGAAGAUUAGCAUGGCCCCUGCGCAAGGAUGACACGCACAAAUCGAGAAGUGUAAACAAUUUUUUUUGAUCCGCAUAGUAUAAUCGAUUUGAUUUAUUCCCUGAAGCGCGAAUAUGCAUGUUAUGCUUGUGUCUGGCUUCGAAGUCCUUUUUUGAAACAGCACGGCAUGAUGUAAUUUCCUUACAAAGACAUUGUAUACGCAUGGCAUGAUGAAAUCCAUGACUAACAGUGGUUUCUCAAUCAGCAUGGUAUGGAGGACUUUACUUGUCUAUAGACCCGGCCGUUAAAAAGUCAAACCGCAUGCUGUGGUGGACGUGCAUUGGUAACGGUUCUCGCAGUACCCUCGGGUUUGAGUGAAAACGGCAACUGCUUAUUUCCUUGUGCCGAAAGACCAGCGUAUUUCAGUAGCAUAUCGCGAAAAAACUGCAUCUGCGGGCGACUUUUUUCCCGAGUAUGGUAUCUUUAGCAGCGAUAUUUUCGGGUGACCUUCCAGGUCCUGCACUUUCUCUUCCCAAUGUGGACGUCCUCGAGGCAGUGGCGAGCCGGGUUGGUGCUCGAGCGCGGCUACCUGCGGAACGCGAUGAAGCCCAGGGCUUCGAUUCCGCCCCCGCUGCGUUUUUUCUUCCUUUGCCUCUCUGCGCCUUCCCUCUGGUGCCGCCGUUUCAGUGGAGGAUAGCCGGCCACUCUGGAAGCAACACGGGGGCGGGAGCUCUUGUCCACCCUGCCGGGAAGAGAAGCGCUUUUUUUAAAUUUUGUUUUUACCCCGCCCCGGAGAAGAAGAUCCUAUGGCGCAGGGUUUUAGAUUUAGGCUGAUGCCGCGAUUUUUUGUCGCAUUUUUGGUUUUUUCCCUUCCCGGCACGGCCAGACACAUGGGUCAGUUUUGCACGGCCAGACACAUGUUUUUUCCACGGGUGUAAAAAAAAUAACAAGGUAAGAGAAAUUGCUACGCACUCCAACAAGCUCUGUGUGUAGCGCAUGACAAAUUUGCGUCUGUAGUGUCGUCCUGUUUAUUGCGUAUUGAUGUUACAUCACAGACCUAGCGCAUUGAGUAUCCAGAUUACAGCAUCACAAGAUUCCAGACAUCAUGAGGUGUUGCUCACCUCAAGGCGGUGCACAUGCGACACAAACUGGGCAUGCAAAUUUGCAUAACAGCUCUUGGUUGGAAAAGUUAUUCACAGAAUACUCGACUCGGAUCACCCGGAGCAGUGCGAGCUGUUCGUGCAGUUCUGUCCGCAAAAAAUCCUCGGGCGUAGCUGCGCGCCCGCAGCUCAAGUAUGCAUUGCAAAUUGAUCGAUCUGGGUCUGAAAGUUGUAAUGCUGAACACAAAUUGAAAUUAUUAUUCAUACGUUCUGGCUGUAAUAGUGAUAAGUGUUGCGGCAAUUAUUCGUGUGACGCACUACAGAACCGCUGAAAAAAUUGUUAUGAUUGGCUUCGUACUUUUGCAGCUAGUUCUUCACUCAUGUACUAUUUUUAGCAUGACAAGAACUUAUUUCCAGACCCAGACAUGCUUCCGUUCGAUACCCGGGCAAAUUUUACAGCUGGCAGGUCCGUCACUCGGAAAGCUGGCAGGCCGCGAAAUUGCUGCAGGCGUGGUUCCUCGUUGCGAGGCACAUGCCGGCCUACGACUGUGAGCACUUCGCACGAAAGGCCUCCGAGGCUGCUGCAGGACGGCCACGGAGUUCUGCCCAAGGACACCUCGGCGUGCGGUUUUAAUAUGAAAGGAAAUUUCUUUGCGUCCCGUUAAGCGAUCAGUCUGUUGCAGGAUGUGAUUUUUUUGUCAGUAAGUGGGCAAUAUCGUCUCAUCUGUAUUUUUCUCGAGCUACCCAUCUUUAGUCCUGUUCUUUUCGAGCAAUAAUAUCAAAACAAGCUCGGUGCCGGUGGUGGAUACAAUUACAUGUAUCAUGAUGAAAGCACCAGAACUUGUAAGAACUGAUUGGAGCUACUAGCCGGACGCAUUUUCUUCUUUGUAACUUUUCCACAGCAUGAUCCAGGAAAGUUUGGACCUGGCAACGGGUAAAACUACCAGUACCAUGGUGGAUGAAAACGAAAACCGCGCGGAAAUAAAUGCACGACCUUCAUUCGAGCUACCAAUUAUGUCGUACUAAAUGCAAAAGUGUCUGCAUCUGGAGAGGUGGAACUUGUGAAGAUACGUGUCUUGCAUUCCUUGAAAAUCUGUGUUGCAUGAGCAGCAAAAGAGGAGCUUACUUUGUCAUGGUGCAAAAAUAAAUGCAAUUUGUGAUGCGUGCUAGGCAUCAGCAGAACUGUCUCAAAAACUUGUCAUGCUUGGCUGCCAAUAUUGCAAGCGCUUCAAUCAUGCUCCACUCAGCAUCACAGGUUUCCGCACCACCCAGACAUAUUUGCAGUGCAUAUGUCGUGGACGCGGUCAAUCUUUCCGUUCACCGCCUCUGACACGGCGCUGCAGCUUCCAACAGUGCAGAACUUUCUGGCUGGGUGGCACCGGUCAUACGAAAUGCAGAUGCGGCUGAACUACAUUCCGUGGAAAGAACGAAGACCGGAAUUCUUCUUUCGGGGCGUGCCUGCCGUCGUGGGCGCCGAGUGGAAUUGGACUCGCUUGUAUGAGCAAUUCCACAGGGACGAUGGGGGCCCAGGGCCGAGCGUGCUGGAGGACCGGCCUCCGCAAAUGGACAGCGAUCCCGCUGCAAGUGACCCUCGUGGUGUCUACUUCCGCCGCUUCAUGCGGGAUGACGAGCGAUUGUGGAGAAAAGUCCAGGACACGGUGCGGGAGACGGGCGACUGGCCAGAGGGAGCAACCGAGAGCUUCCUGCGGAAACUGGAUCACACUGCGCGACGGAAUGGUAAGAAGAGGAAGCUGCCACGCACGCCUCCUACACCUGUGGCCCAAGCCGACGACUACGUCAAGCUUCGGACGUUGCUGCGCAGUACGUUCCAACUGGAAAUCGAAGACUCGAGUGCCGUAUCAAAUGCAAAUAUCGAUCUGGGUCUGGAGGAAUGCAAGGUUUGUCAUGCUUGUCUGGCAUGCCUGAAGAGUUUGUGAUGCGUGUCGAAGAAGAGACCCUUUUUCUUGUCAUGCAAAACGCAGUUAGUCCUGCGGAAAGCGCAACACUAAGCCGCGCAAAUAAAGAUAUUUUAUCUCGUCAUGCGUGGCUGUGCAUUACAAAGAAUUCACUUGCUUCUCACAACUCAGCAUGACAAGUUUCCAGACCCAGACAUAUUUGCAUUUGAUAUGCUGCCGGUAUUGUCAAAAACACGAAUCGGUCCAUCACGCAGUACGACCAAGCAGAGUUGACCAAGCUCCUGCCGUAUCACAUGCAUCAAAUAUUUCUGUGUCUGGACAAAGAUGCCUCAUACUUAUUUGUGUUGCUGAGUCUUCUGGCAUGAUCGAGCGAUGGUUUGCACGCCUUCCGAAUGACGCAUGACAAAUUCUUUGGUUGGUAUAUACUCAUUGAAUGUUCUUCUACUGACGUGUUUUGCAUAACGCGCUGGCUGGCAGGAGCACGACAAAAAAAGUGGUCAGUCGCAUUCGUGCACAAUACAGAUUUCACUAUGAUUUUUCAAGUUUUGCUGCAUCACAGAUCCAGACUCAGACAUACUUGCGGUGCAUUCGCCGUCCACAAACAGCCCCCGCGCGGUGUUGGCGAAGCUAGCACACCGGGCCAACGCGAUCAAGAACGGAGAAAUCCAGCACACCGUUAUCCUUCGUAAAAGUGUCCCCGUCCCAGAGUCAAGUCGACAGGUUGUGACUGUUGCGCACGACAAAUUCACGUUUCUUGUAGUGUACGUUUAAUCCUGUUCAGCUAGUAGAAACGCAUUAGAAAUCGAUAAGCGUAUCCUGAUUCUAGCAUGACAAAUUUCAAACAGCAUUAGAGAGUCGUGCUCCUGAUGGUGCCGCGCAUAAGAAACACGUGCGUUUUUUGCCCUUUUGCAUGACAACUCUGGGGUCGUGCGGACGUUUCUACUGAGGAUAACCGGGAAAGGUUCACUCCUCCUCACUGCGCACGACGAAGAGAAUAUUCGCCAGUACCCCUUCCUCUUUUCCAACAAAACCGCCUUUUCCUUCGAUAUCAACUGUAAAAAUGUCUGGGUCUGGAAGAUUGCAAGGCUUGUCGUGCUCAUUUUGCAUGACCCGUGAUGUCUGUGAUGUAUGCACCAGCAUCACAAUUUUUUUGCGGGCAUCUUGAUGCCUAUCCCGCAUGAGAAAUCCCCUCUCCGCGGAGCAAAAACUGGACGCCUCUUGUUGCUCAUGCAAUACAGAUUUUUUUGGAUUCCAAAAAUAGCAUCACAAGUUGCAUUCUUCCAGACCCAGACACUUUUACAUUUGAUAUUCGAGUAUCUACUGCAAAAAAGUGUCUUCGUCUGGAAAGGUGUGUAUUUGAAAACUAGUUUUGAACGCUGUUUCUCAUAGAUCAAAAGUUAGGAAAUGCAGAAAAUGAACAGGAUGAUAAGAAAGAGGAAAAGAAAUCGAUCGAGCAAGAAAAGGGCCAGAAAACCGAAGAAAAGCAAGCAAAUUCUUGCUACGAUCGAAAGACGAAGAAAAUAGGAAAAGAGAGGAAGAGGAAAGCAAAGAAAUUAACUCUGAUUUACGCUGAAUCCGCAUGAAAAACUGGCUUUCUUACUACUUUCAAGGAGGUGAGCCAUGGCUACGGUCACUGCGGGCUGUUUAGGAAUACGGAUUUAGCAUGAGAAACUGGAAAAACUAGACUUGGGACUAUGGAUUUGUAAUGCGUAUCUGUGGAAUUUAAGAUGUAGCUUUAGAUGGUGUUCGAUUUGAUGUCGGUAUGUUUGCGUCUGAAAAAAUAACGUCGGGGUUCAAGACGAAAACGAAGAAGAAGUUCCAGUCAGGGGGCGUGUAGUCGUGUAGCGACUUUGCCGGUGACUGCAACUUCUUCCUCCGACGGUGUUCCCUCGCUGAUAGAAGAUUCCGAUCGAUGCAGUUCUGACCCCGGACCCGUCUUGCAGUAGCAGUACCUAUUUGACCUACCGGGAUUUAAGAUUUGAGACUAGUUUCGGGAUUCGAAAUUUGCGUUCACAGUUUUAGGCUUCGUUCCUAUCGGGUCGCGGGGAUGACUAGCUGUUGGAGACUGAUCGCCGCUUGUGUUCGGGGAAGAAGCAGGAAAGACUUGUGAUGAUGAUGACGAUGAUUUGACUGCGGGCCUCGGGAUUUUAGGCACUAGCACUAGCAGAUUUUGGCGAAAAGCAGUCAAGCUAACGUAGAACACUCGGGCAGAGGUGCGAAAACACCAGGACAGCAAGAAGAAAACCCAGGACAGCACUAGAGCACCGGCACAGACACAGAAGCGGUAGCAGCAGGAACAACAGAAACCGGGGCGAAGGAAAACAAGCGACACAGGAAAGACCACCGACACGAACAGGAACACGGGGGACCAGAAAGAAGAACGCAGGCAACAAGACAGACGGGGAACGAAGACAGACCAGUGCGAAGCAGCAUUAUGGGGGCGCAGAACAGUUUCGAUUUUGAAAAAACAGCAAAUGCAGUUUCGAUUUUUAGAUGCAGACCGGGAAAUUGGAACGAAGGAGCAGAAGUACCCCUUCCUCUUUUCCAACAAAACCUCCUUUUCCUUCGACUAUCUACUGCAAAAAAAUGUCUCGGUCUGGAAAAGCAGGCUCGUUUGACAUGCUGUUUCUGCAUCCUUCAGUAGAACAGAGGGUGUGGAUAAACACACGCAAAGCAUAGCAUUGAGCCCAGGUCUUUUGAAGAUGAAAACCGCCCCUCAUCAAUAUUGCGCCGUACUCUGCACGAGUAGGAAGUCGAAUAAAUGAGUCUACUAGUCGACCAUGAAAGAAUAACGAGGGAUGAAAACAAAGUGAUCAUCGACGGCUUAUGGUAAGUACUAUUGCAGUACACGCAAGAAGUACAUAGACAAACUUGGCACAUCGCGACUUCUGUGAAGUGUAACUAAAAGGCAGAACAGCUUGGCAUCUUGCCAGACGUACUAGACACAGCAGGUUUGCAAGCAAGAUCAACAUCAAAGCAACAAGUUGGCCGCGCAGCCUCGAGUUCAACCCGAUCGAUAUCAAAUGCAAAAAUGUCUGGGUCUAGGAGUUACCAGGUUUGUCAUGCAUAUUUUGCAUGACUCGGGAUGUCUGUAAUGCAUGAUCUAGAAUCAAAUAUUUUUAGAAGCCUUCCUGAUGCAAAUCCCGCAUGACAUAUGCGCUCCCCGUGUAGCACAAACUGGGCUCCUCUUGCUGCUCAUGCAAUACAGAUUUUUUUAAAAACUAAAAUUAGCACAACAAGUUCCAACCUUCCAGACCCAGACAUUUUUGCAGUUGAUAGUCGAAGACUUUGCGCUAUUUCCGGGCCGCGUGUCCGCGGAGAAGGCCUUGCCACAGAUUCUUGAAAAUAAACCGGAGUCUUUUGCGAAUCGGGAAGCGUGGAACGCUUUUGUGCACCGGAACUUUGAAGCACACUUCGAGAAGAACGAAGGAACUGCUGUGGGGGAGAAGUACUUCUCGGAGCUGGACCAGGUGGUUUACAAGUACAAUUUCAACGACAACGUUUCUCUGCGCGAUAUCUGGUCCUUUCUCGCCGGGCAGGUCCUGUUUCGCGCACAUUUCCGGUAUGACAACCAGAUCGACAAGAUCUUUCAGCCGUACGAGCACUACAUUCCCGUGCGUCGGGAUCUGAAAGACUUCUACGACAAGUUGAAUUUCAUCGUGGCAAAUGACCACUGGGCGGAGAAAAUUGCAGAUAGGGGCAAAAAGCUCGGCCAGGAGGUGUUCAAUUUAGAGACAAAAUACUGGUACAUGCACACGUUGAUCUUGAAACUUGCACUGAUUCAAGGCGGGCACACGGAACAAGAUGUUGAAUCUUUGCUAGUAUAGGACGUUGACUAGAUGUACAGACGUCCACCACCUGGUCUCGGUACAACUUUCAGUACAUGUACAACUGAG